CAAUUUGUUUCAGUGAAUCAAAGUAAGGCGGUCAAGGUGACAAUCAGACCAAACAUGACGACAAGCCAUAAUGAAAACCAAGUUUGUUCUUCCUCCAUAACGUUAAAGUUUAAAGGAGCUGAUGCUGUGCAAAUAGAGCAAGAAAUUGUCGAUGACAGCUCAAACGAAAGUUUAAGCGACCAGGCUUUACAAGAAGGCGGAUUUAAAGUAACUGGAAUUAACUUUCACUGCAUUCAAAUAGAACUUCAAGGUUUGUCACGACAGGCACAAAUUGACUUUCUCCAAUCGUGCAAAACGUCACCGGAGCUUUUAGAAAAAUGGCUCCAAAAGUUAUUGAAACAAAAACAUCUUGAAAAACUAAAGAAGAAAAAGGAAAAUGUUGUCCAAUUUAAAAUCACAAUUAAAUGGCCAGAAGAAGCGAAGAAGGAAGAAGCAGCUGAAAAGAAAGAAAAUGCAGCACUGGAUUACAAACGGGAUUGCUCGUGUAAAAUAACAAAAGGAAUGAUCGUAAAGCACUUCACUGCUAUUGAAGAGAAGAUGACAUGUGUACCCGAAAUUAUCAAAUCGUUCUCUAACCUUCGGGGACUAACUGAUGCCGAACGCAAUACAUUUUUGUCCUUACACAAGGACAGGGAAUUGAGUGUAAAUGAAACCAGAACAGGACUGCUGCUUCGAAAAAUUCUCGAGGGGAACGACAUCUUGCUAUGCUUUCUUGAGAAAUUGUUUCACCAGACAGAGCAGACGGAGUUGUUCAAAGAAAUAACAAGCAAGACGAACGAGGAUGUCACAGAUAUUGCAAAACCAAAACGCAGAGUCAAACGGUCCGCAAGGAGAAAAAAAUUGAGAAACGACCUGAGAAAACAUUGCAGCCUCUUAGAAGAGGAAUUAGAACCCCGGCACUUUCUUGAUUUUCUUCGAAAAACAGGGGAUUCUGAAACAAUUAUUGGAUCAGUAGUUUCACCUGAACGAAGGAAGGAGCGAUGCAGGAAAUUUCUUCAGUACAUUUUUACAUCAAAAAAUGUUGAUAUCGUUCCAAACUUUAUUGCGGAAAUGCGAAAACUGAAACUUGAUUACAUUCUGGAUAUCAUAACACCAGAAUUAAGAACAAAAAUAGACCCAAAAGAUGCUCGAGAAGCUGUUAUAGCAAUGUACAAAGAACUAAAAGAUGCCUUCGAACCGAGGUCCCUACGAAGCUAUAUAGUAGAUACAAAAUUGAUAAGAGCAAAAGUAUUUGACGAAAUUUGCAAAUCGGACGAGAGACGCGAACGUGCAUCAAAUCUUAUUCGCUGUCUUUUGGACAAGGAUAAUGACAUAGCAAUACUUACCUUCAUAGACAUAUUGAACAUGUCAGGACAUUCUGCAUUAGCAAAGGCUAUCGAGCAGAAGGCAGCUAAAUACAAGGAGUGUCCAUACCUGUAUUCAAGGGAACAUGGUGGCUCGUCGACUGUGAUUGAAGGGGAGUUGGAUCUACGCGUUACACAGGUUCAAAUAAAAGAAUCUGAUGUGCAGCUCUAUUUACACCAUGGACUUUACCAUGGAACUCGUGUUGAAAAGGAAAGCGACAAAACACAUCACGGAGCCGAGAUUGAGGUCAAAUCUAAUACCAUGGUUGCUUUUACAAGCCCCUCUGACUUGGAUUACGGAAGUGAUGACGAUGAUAUUAGCCGCUUCGUGCAUGGUAUUGGAAAUGAAGAACUCCCUUUGUCAGACAUAGUACAUCAACUACAUGGUUUUGACAAAGGACCAAUUAGCCCAGCUUCAUCUGUUCCCUUACACGUUUUCAACUCUCCACGCCGUUCUGACUUAGUGCACUCGCCAGGAGAUUCAGUGUACGAAGAUAUCACACCGCCACGAUCCCCUCUGCCAGAUAUACAGACGUUGCAUGGAGACGCAAUGUAUGAGGAAAUAACACCAUCAUCCUCCCCAGUGGCAUUUUUGUAAAAACAGCUAUCUGCAACAAGAAUGACUAUUUUUCUCCAUUAUAUGGUUUGUUAUUGUUGCAAAAGCAUUUUAGCCCGAAAUAAACAUACUACUGUUAUGAUUUACAUUCAUAAUAGAUUAAAACAAUAUUUUCAACUUUCAAAGCAUGCAAGUGAUUGUAGAUACAAUUAAAUGGGAAAUUAUAUAAACAUAAUCAUGAUGUUCUGUUGUGCCUUACUUACAAUGUUUCACAAGGUAGCUGUAGAGAAUAUUUAAUUGAAAAUUGUAUUUUUAAGUAAUAUUAGAUGGUAUGUUGACUUUCACUAAUGAGUAUGACAGUACAUGUGAGUUUUUGGUGAUUUUAACAACAGAGAAGGUGAACAGCCAGAUUUUGUUGUAAAGACAAUAUUCAUUUUUGUUUAGAAGGUCUUUUACCGGAUAAGUAUGAACAAGAUAAAUAUUUAUCAAGAAGCAAUUUAGACAAGACUGUGAAUGAAAUUUGGAAUAUAUUGUUAGAUUUUUGUAAGAUUUCUGGUUUCCGAAUUUUGAAUCGAAGGGUAGGAUUAGAUUCUGAAGUAGGAAAAUAUGCAUUUGUUAAUUCACUGGGCAGUACUAUUGAUCUUGUUUUCAGUAAUGUUAUAUUUUUUCAUACGUACACAUCUUUCAGGUAUAAGACCCAAAUGUCUUGUCUGAUCUCUGCAUUGUAAGUUUCAGUUCAAUAUGUUUAAAUAUAUUUAAUCUAGAUGGGAAAGGGACAGCAUUCAAUACUUGUAAUAAGGAUAGGGAUGAUGAGAUUAGUUAUUAACCUUUAAAUUAAUUAGUGGACUAAUGAGAAAAAAUAUUAUAUUAAUGCUUUGUAUAAUGAUAGUGAUAAAAAUAUGCUUUCUAUUAAUAUCGAACAGUAAAAGAAUGAUGACAUGGAUGAAAAACUUAAUCUGUUUUGUAAUAUUGUUGAAGAUAUGUGUUCACCGCUGUUAGAAAGUCUUAUGUUGAUAAUAUUCCUGAAAGUAUGGAAAAUGUGAUGCUGUGUGUUUUGAUGAUGAAUGCAGAUAUUCAAAGCAUUGUUAUUAUAAGAAUUUAGAUGUAUAUAGGAUUUACCCAUGUCAUAUUAUUAUAUAAAAUAUAGUAGAAUCUAGAAACUCGUAUAAAGAAACUGAUAGAAAAAAAUAAAUGUAUUUAUGAAAGACAAUAAACAGAAAGGUUAGAGAAUGCUAGAUGAUUCAAUGCUAAACUUUAUCGGAAUAUCUUAAAAGGUUCUGUUGUAAAAAAUGACAAACUAAAGUUAUCAAAUAAAGAUUUUAUCAAAUUAUUGUAUAAAAUGUGUGCUUUCGGUCCGUUAUCGUGGUAUGUUUAAACGCAAAAACCCGGGCGUUAUCGGUAGAAAACUUGCAUUAUUCAGUAAAUUAACGUGCCGUUAAUGACCGGCUUUUUGUUUUACAUUAGCGCUAUCAGGGCCCGCAUCAUAACAUUGGACGCUAAGCGACCUGGAUUUCUUACUGAAAGUUGCAAACGAGGCAAACUUUUGCACAAACACAUAUUUCAGCAUAUAUAGCUGUAUACAAAUAUUAACGAAUUGAAAUAAACCACAUUCAACUUACAUAUUUUCUUUUGAGUUGUCUUUUCCUGACAAGAUGAGGUGUGUGUUUACUAGAUAUUACUUUCUGCAGUUGUUUUAAUUAUUUGUUUGCUUAAAAGCACUAAAUUAAGUCUUAAACGUUUAACUCCUUCCAAAUGUGGUUAUAGCAAUCGAUUUUAUUCAGAACAGACGACUUAUAUGGACAUGAUUCAAUUACGUCUUAAGCAAUUAAUAUAAACUUUUAAAAAAAUGAAAAAUUCUAUGAUGCUGAAGAAUCUGUACAUUUCAUCCAGAACAUUUUAACAAUGUUCCAGUUUAAAUUAAUUGACAAAACAUAUAAAUGUUAAAAUAGGAAUAUAUAUCGGUACUCAAUCGAUUACCCGAUCGGUAUUGUGUGUAAAUAGUCCAAAUAAUCCAUUAAAAUUCUAAAAAAACAACAAAACUUUCCAAUCGGCUGAACACUGAAAAAAUGGCGUCGAAACAAAAAUGCAAUUGUCAAGUUAUGUCGCAGCCCUUAUCGAGCCUAAUGUAAAACUUUUCACAUCGAUCGUGACGUCACAUAAGUACCUGCUAUGGAGAUUAUUUUGAACUAACUGUUUUUGCAUUUUCGUGACCUUUAACAGCUGUUUGUAGCACAGAAGUUACUCAUGGUGUGUAUUUUAUGCAAUUAUAGCGAUAAUACACCUUUUUUCGGUCGUAACUAUCUGCAAACGUCCUUAAAAUAGUUUAAAACCCUCGGGCUGUAAACCAUUUUGCGGGCCUUUGCAGAUAGUAACAUCCUCAAAAGGGUGUAUUAACCCUAUAGUCAAUGAUCGAAAACUUAUAUAUUUUUUCAAGCCUGAUGAUGAUGUUUUGUAUUUUCAUGAUAGUUACUACUCGGAGAGUUGAAUAGUAUGUUUGUUGAAUUAAAUGAAUUAUUCACACAUAAUGAUUUUAGUCAAGCUUGUAAGCAGCUGAAUAGUUGCAAAGCAGGUGUGAUUAUUUGUUAAAUGAGUUAUUAUUUGUUAAAUGAGUGUUUCAAGUGUUGUAUAAAUAGUGAUAGAAGUGUUGUAUGUACUCUAUUUGUAUAAGCUUUUAUACUUGGAUGUUUUUCUGAAACAUGGCCUGAAGGUUGUAUUGUUCCAUAAAAAGGUGACAAAGAUAAUACUUAUAAUUAUUAUGUGUGUAUUGCAUUGCUUAGUACGUUUGGUAAAUUGUUCACAAACGUAAUUAACUAUAGAUAAUUUAUUAGACUUAAAAAUAGCAUGUAUAUAUCGAGGCUCGGGCAGGGUUUAGGCAGAAUAUGGGCACGUUUGAUACUAUUUUUGUACUUCAUGGUCUCAUACAUCAUUUAUUAAAUAAUUAUAAGAGAUUGUAUGCAGUGAUGUUUACUUAGGCUUUUGACUUUUUGGUGAGAGACAUAAUCUGGUAUAAACUAAUAAAAUAAGGAAUUAGAGGAAAUAUGUCUAAUGUUAUAAAAUCUAUGUAUUCCAAUGUUAAGUCCAAUAUUAAGCUUAAUGAAACAACAACUCAAGAAUAUUUUUGUUGUUACUUAGGUGUACGACAAGGAGAAAGUUUAUCUCAAUUUUUAUUUUCAAUAUACUUGGUAUGUUAACAUUGUUCUCUUUUGCUGAUAAUAUUAUGAUUAUGACUGAAUCUGAGGAUGAAUUAACUAAAGGUUUAUUAUUACUUGAAAAACAUUGUGAUAGAUGGAAACUAAGUGUAAACUCUACGAAGACUAAAAUAAUGAUUUUUAAAAAAAGGAGGAAGGUUAUGGAAAACUUAAGAUUCUAUAACUUGGAGUCUAAAUAAUCCUUUGCUUCUAGAAAGAGUUCAUUUAAAUUUCUGCAAAAAGCUUUUAGGGGUAAAUUCAAAUAUUUGUAUGAAAAACUACAGAAACAAGAACAUUAGUCGAAAGUAAAAAUAUAAACCCCGUUAUAUGAUUCAGGGUCAACGCCGAAGACAUAGAACACAAAAACAAACUAUCACAAACCAGAAACAUGAAACAACAUCACAAAAUCCACAAACAACACACUACAUAUAUAAUAUAUAAAAAGCUAGGGGUGUUAAUCAAGAAUAGUUAGGAACCGCCUUGGAACGGUCAGUAAAUGUAGAUUUACUGGGGGCGGUAAACUAGUUUGUGAGCACAACAUCACUCUUAUCCCAACAAUCCCGAAUAAAGUAAAAACGUAAAUGGUAAAUAUUAUCAGAGAAUGCAUUAACUUUAGGAAACUUAAUAAUAAACAAACAAUAAUAAACUAGUAAGGUAAACCCCUAGUACUUCUAUGAUUAGGAAUUCCGACUGUAUCUGCAGACGAAAAAAUACAAUUCAGAGUAACGAAUGCAAUUUUUUUUACGAAUAUACGAUACAGUUAUUGUUUGAAACAAUAUAAUAUCACAUAGUCUGUCUUAGCAAUUAAACGGUUUAAAACUGUGUGAUCAUAGAGUUUUCUAAUGAAAAACAUCAUUAUACUAAAUCUAGGAACAACCAAAGAAGACAUAAUUGAAAAUACAUUAUAUGUUUGCUUAAUUCUUCUUCCAAAUGAUUACCCUUAGCAUUAGUAUGAAAAAAGUGACGACACACGCAGAAACAUUCUGGGCAAGCCAACGAAUGAAAAAAAACGUGUUUAAAACACGAACUGCAUUUUCUUUAACUUAAAACAAAAAACUACAAAAAGCGUAAUUUUCCAAGUAUGUCAUAUUCAACUUUAUAGUUUUUAUUAGGAACUCAACUUAAAUUCUACGAUUUAAAAAAAAAUCACCUUAAAAAUCAGAAUAAGCAAUUCAAAGUAUAGAUAUAAUAUUAUAAUGACCAUCACAAAUUUUGAGAAAGCUUUCCUUAACUUAUAAUAUUUGAAACCCUCUUUCAGAGGUUUUUCCGUCAUAAGUUUACUGCAAGAGCUCAAAUUGUUUACAUAUACUAAGGAAUCUUAUCAACUGUGCAAUAGCAACAGCUUAUGAUGGUAAACUAGGAACAUCUCCAUCUAUAAAAAGGAUAAUUAAUUUUUUGAAAUUAAAAUCAUCACAUUUAUCAUAAAGAUUUAUAUACAACUUAUGUUCCCAAAAUUAUGCAAAACGUACAAGUACUGAACUGUUUCGUGAUGCAAACUUUACUAAGCAUUCGUGUCAAAUUUUAUGUUCGUAUACCUGGUUCUUUACACACUAUUAUUUUUUGAAAAUAUGAAUAUGGACGACUGUUUUUCACAUUCCUUUUAUUUAUUAAACAUUGAUUUAAUGGAAAUAAAACCAAAACUAAAUACUUAUUUCAUUGUAUAGAUCGGGGCUCUACCCUUCAUGAAAGUUUAAAAUUUCAGAUAGGGUACAAAAUCAGCUUAUUUAUGAAAACUCCACAAUAGUUGUAUCGGUUACAUACAUACAGUUUUGUAAUUCAUUCUUAUUUUGAAGGAUGUGUAACACUUUAUAUGUAUUUUACAUCUAAAAAACUCGAAAUCUAGUUUUCAGUGUUCAAGUAUAAACCGAUCUUCAAUAUAGGAAAACACACUCCGAUCAGAUGCAGGCAUGAAACCUCGAUUUUAAUUCCUUUUUUUAUAAUUUUCAAAGUAACCAAUGUUUACGCUAAACCUCAUAUUUCACAUAGGAAAAAACACUUUUUAUAAUUUAAUAAACACACCGUUUUAUAUUAUCAAAACCGAAUCAUCAACUUAUUGAGACAAUGAGAUGAUUCACCAUCUGCCGCUGAGUCAAAUUAUGCAAAAAACAUAAGUUACAAAUAUGUGCCAUUGCAACCAGGACACAUUAAUAUACUCACCAAACAAACUGACGAUUAGCGUCUGUUACGGUUAAAAUGUGAGAUUCAACGUAUUGUUUUUGUAUAUUGUAAUUAACCUUAUGUAUUAUUGGCGUCCGCAAUGUUUUUUUUUCUGUGUACAUACUUUGUAGUGUAUAUAUUUGUAUAGUUGUUAUUCUCUUCACCUAUGGAGAAAACACGGAAUAAACUUAUUCAUUUCAAAAGGUAAUGAAUAUAACAAAUCUCUGGUGCAAAACAUCUAUUUUUAGAAUAUAUAUGUUGUGAAAAGUACACGCAUAUUUCCAUAUAUAAGUUGAACGUAUGAACUAUGUUCUAAUAAAUUUGAAAAUGACUUUGUUUACCUUGUAAGGAUUGGUCGCUGUCUUCUCGGCCCUCUACUUCCGCUUUUGCUUGAUAGAUUUGACGAAAUUGAAUUUCUUUGCAUAUGUUUUGAUUAUUUACCAUCGUUUAGCAUAUUUUAAUGAUGUAAUAAUUAUAUCCAUACAUUCAUUUUAGCAACUGUAGUAUAUUUUACGUUACACGGUGUCAUUAUUAUGUACUUGCAACUAUUUUAAGCUUUGUAUUCAUACGUUAAUAAUGAUGAAUUUUGCUUGCUGCAUAUAUUAUGUAAUGGAAACUAUGUAUGUUGCAUAAUUAGUAUUACUAUAGGUGUCGCUUAUAACGUCUAUUGAUUUUAUUCCUUUUUAUAAAGUUUUUACGAUUGUAUGCAUCCAUUUUCAUUUAACCAUUAUUUUGCACACAAAUCAAUAUUGUUUGUUGUUGUUUUUAAGUAAUAAUUAUGUUCAAUAUGUAUAGGCAAUAUACAUGCAAUGCCUAAAUAUCUGAUAAAUACAUGUGUUAUUAAGCUAUUUGAAUAUAAGUGACUGAGUAAAAGGGUGUAUUUUACUACAUAUGAACUUUUUAAAGCUUGUAGAACAAAACAUACUCAGUAAAUGAUUUACUCUUUUGUCUCCAUCAUUUUUUCAAACACGUACGUUGCAUAAUAAUGGCCAAGACACCCGACUGUUUUUACAUAAUAAAUAUCAAUA